AUGAAGAGAGUUUGCACUUUGUCCCUCUGGCUCUGGAUCGGGAUCGUCUCGGAGGCAGAUCUGGUGAGAGGCUAUUCUAUGACCCCACCCACUCUCAGCAUUACCGAGGAGGAACACACCAUAAACUCCAAGGAUACCCUGACUAUUACCUGCAGAGGGCAGCACCCCCUGGAGUGGUCGUGGCCUGGGGGCCUGGUGGACCCUGACCAGGGCGAAAAGGAGAACGAGACCGUGGUAUUGGUGAACCUCAGCGGCGGCCGGACCAUCAGGGAGGAGGACUGCGAGGGCACCGACACAAAGCCCUACUGCAAGGUCUUAGUGCUGACCGGGACCCAGGCUAAUGACACCGGCUACUACCGGUGCUACUACAAGUACAUCAGUGCCAAAAUUGAGGGCACCACUGCGAUCAGCAUCUACGUGUUUGUGAGAGAUUUCGAGCAACCCUUUAUCAACAGACCCGAAACACUCCUCAUCAACAAGAAAGGGAACACCUGGGUGCCCUGCUUGGUAUCCAUCCCAGAUCUUAACAUCACCCUGUUCUUGCCAAGCUCCGUUAUCUACCCAGACGGGAGAAGGAUUCUCUGGGACAACAAGAAGGGGAUGCUGGUCCCCACCCACCUGAUCAAGGACUCCUUGUUUGUUCAGUGCGAAACCAUCAUUGACAAGAAACUCUUCAGGUCCAAUUAUUUCAUUGUGCACGUCACAGGGAAUGAGCUGUAUGACAUCCAGUUGUUUCCUAAGAAGGCCAUGGAGCUACUAGUGGGAGAAAAGCUGGUCCUCAACUGCACAGUGUGGGCUGAGUUUAACGCUGGAAUAAACUUCCAGUGGGAUUAUCCUGGAAAACAGAUGCACCGGGCUGUCGCUGAGCUGCCCGAGAGGCGCUCCCAGCAGACCCACACUGAGCUCUCCAGCAUCCUGAUCAUCCAAAACGUGAGCCAGCAGGACCUGGGGAAAUACGUGUGCAUGGCCAGCAAUGGGGAGCAUACGUUCGAGGAGAGCAUCGAUGUCAUUGUGCACGAGAAGCCCUUCAUCAACGUGGAGUGGAGGAAGGGCCCAGUGAUAGAAGCCACAGCAGGAGACGAAGUCGUGAAACUGCCAGUGAAGGUGGUCGCCUAUCCCCCGCCAGAGUUCCAAUGGUACAAGGACGGCAAGUUAAUUCCCAACAAGCAAUCUCCCUAUUCGAUGCAGAUCAAAGACGUGUCAGAACAGAACUCCGGGACUUACACCUUAGUUCUAUGGAACAGGCUGGCUGGGCUGGAGGAGCGCAUUAGCCUCCAGUUAAUAGUCAAUGUUCCUCCGCACAUCCACGAGAAGGAAGCUUCUUCCCCAAGCAUCUAUUCCCGUAGGAGCCACCAGGCCCUCACCUGCACAGUCUAUGGCAUCCCAGCACCAGAAGUGAUCCAGUGGCAGUGGAGGCCGUGGAGUCCUUGCCGGAUGUUCUCACGACGUAGCCUUAGCAAGCAUCGGGCAGCAAGGCGCCAUCAGCGGGACCGAAUGCCCGAGUGCAAGGACUGGGAGGACGUGUCCCCGCAGGAUGCCAAGAACCCCAUUGAGAGCAUCGACACCUGGACAGAGUCUGUGGAAGGAAGAAAUAAGACGGUCAGCAAACUGGUGAUCCAGGAAGCCAAUGUUUCCGUCAUGUACAAGUGCGUUGCCUCCAACAAAGUGGGUAGAGAUGAACGGCUGAUCUACUUCUAUGUGACCACCAUUCCGGAUGGAUUUGAGAUUGAAUCCCAGCCCUCAGAGGAGCCCAUUGAGGGACAGGACCUGAGGCUGAGCUGUAAUGCGGAUAACUACACCUAUGAGAACCUGCAGUGGUACCGUCUGAACCUCUCGAAGCUGCACGAUGAGGAAGGCAACCCACUCGUCCUGGACUGCAAGAACGUCCACCACUAUGCGACCAAGAUGCAAGGAGAGCUGCGCUUCGAACCCGACUCCAACGACGCUGCCCUGCUGCUCACCAUCCCAAACAUCUCCCUGGGGGAGGAGGGAGACUAUGUGUGUGAGGUGCAGAACCGAAAGACCAGAGAGAAACACUGCCACAAAAAAUACAUCUCUGUACAGGCCCUCGAGGUCCCCAGACUGAAGCAGAACCUGACAGACAUAUGGGUGAACGUCAGCGACUCGAUAGAGAUGCGUUGUAAGGUGGAUGGCGCUCACAUUCCUGACAUCAGCUGGUAUAAAGACGAGAAGCUGGUGGAAGAGGUUUCAGGGAUUGACCUGGCGGAUUCGAACCAGAGACUGAGCAUCCAGAGGGUCAGAGAAGAGGAUGCUGGGCUCUACCUGUGCAGUGUCUGCAACGCCAAGGGCUGCGUGAACUCCUCAGCCAGCGUCUCUGUGGAAGCCUCCGAUGACCGGACCAACGUGGAGAUCGUGAUCCUCAUUGGGACCGGGGUCAUCGCUGUCUUCUUCUGGAUCCUCCUCAUCCUCAUCUUCUGCAACAUCAAAAGGCCUGCCCACGCUGACAUCAAAACCGGUUACCUGUCCAUCAUCAUGGACCCCGGAGAGGUUCCCUUGGAGGAGCAGUGCGAAUACCUGCCCUAUGAUUCCAGCAAGUGGGAAUUCCCACGGGAGCGACUCCGGCUAGGUAAAGUCCUGGGCCAUGGCGCUUUCGGGAAGGUGGUGGAAGCCUCUGCCUUCGGGAUUAAUAAGAGUAACAGCUGUGAAACUGUGGCAGUUAAAAUGCUGAAAGAGGGAGCUACUGCAAGUGAGCACAAGGCACUGAUGUCGGAGCUGAAGAUCCUCAUUCACAUUGGAAAUCACCUCAAUGUCGUUAACCUGCUGGGUGCCUGCACUAAGCCCAAUGGCCCACUCAUGGUUAUUGUUGAGUUCUGUAAAUAUGGAAACCUCUCCAACUACCUGCGGACCAAACGGGAAGGAUUCAGUCCUUACAGGGAGAAAUCACCCAGACUGCGCAUCCAGGUCCGGUCCUUAGUAGAAGCAGUGAGAGCAGACAGAAGGAGUCGCUCUGGUACCAGCGACAGCGCAAUCUUCAACAGGCUUCUGAUGAACAAGAGCCAGACAGCACAGCCUAUACAGGAAGUGGAUGAUUUGUGGCAAAGUCCAUUGACUAUGGAAGAUCUAAUCUGCUAUAGCUUCCAGGUGGCACGUGGAAUGGAGUUCCUGGCAUCUAGAAAGUGUAUCCACAGAGAUCUGGCAGCUCGGAACAUCUUGCUGUCAGAGAACAAUGUGGUGAAGAUCUGUGACUUUGGACUGGCCCGAGACAUCUACAAAGAUCCUGACUAUGUCAGGAAGGGCAGUGCUCGCCUUCCUCUGAAGUGGAUGGCUCCAGAAAGCAUCUUUGACAAGGUCUACACCACCCAGAGUGAUGUCUGGUCCUUUGGAGUCCUCCUCUGGGAGAUAUUUUCACUAGGUGCCUCACCCUACCCUGGUGUGCAGAUCAAUGAGGAGUUCUGCCAGAGACUGAAAGAUGGUACCAGGAUGAGAGCUCCAGAAUACGCAACUGCAGAAAUUUAUCGUAUAAUGCUGAGCUGCUGGCAUGGGGACCCCAAGGAGAGACCGACUUUCUCAGACCUGGUGGAGAUCCUGGGGGACCUUCUUCAGGAAAAUGUCCAGCAGGAGGGGAAGGAUUACAUCCCACUGAAUGACUCUCAGAGCUCCGAAGAUGACGGCUUCUCCCAAGUGCCUUCCUCUGCCCAGCAGAACUCUGAUGAAGAGGAAUUUGACAUGAGGCUACGCUGCCACAGCUUAGCAGCAAGAUACUAUAACUGUGUGUCAUUCCCCGGUUGUUUGACUGGAGGAAAUCAGAUAAGGUGUCCAUCCAGAAUAAAGACAUUUGAAGAGUUUCCCAUGACACACACAAUGUAUAAAACACACCCGGACAAUCAAACGGACAGUGGGAUGGUCCUGGCAUCAGAGGAAUUUGAGAGGAUAGAAAACAGACACAGAAAAGAAGGUGGAUUCAGCAGUAAAGGGCCCAGUCGAAAUGCAGAGUUGGCAGUGGAACAGUCGGACCUGAGAGGCAGGUGUCGACCGUUGUAUCAGUCCCAGGUCGGAGGCCAGACUUUUUACAACAGUGAAUAUGGGGAACUGUCAGAACACUCAGAGGAUGGCAGCUACACCCCACCCGGAGAGGGGGCCAGUCCCUCCGCUGUCCAUGCGUCCUUCUUCUCAGAGCAGUAUUAA